AUGGAUUUCGAGGCUUCUGGAGCGCAAGAAUGGACACUCCCCGGCUAUGGACGACCAGGCUUUCAGAAGAAUCGUUCCGAGCCGGAGUCUUCCCAAGCCCAGAGCAAUCCAUCUCAGCCCAAGACCCGUUCUACUACUGAGCAUGUGAAUGAACCAGUAGCUUCGGUAGCUUCGUCCAUGACCAACAACGCUCCGAGCACUACCCCGGCCCCCACCAGAGGUGCAGCGCGCCCAUACAGAGCACGUGGCAGUAUGCGAGGAGUCAUCAGGCUCUCACGCCCUUUCAGGGAGAUCAGAGAUGCGUUCUGCACCGCGGCUCGGUCCGUCUCCUCCAAACGCCCAUUCGGACAGCAGGGACGUAAUGAUGCCUUCGAUGACAUCUGCCGGAAGACUGGAGCUUACAUCAAUCCACCCCACAGUGACCAUGAUGUGAUACAUCUCUGGGGGGCCUCAUAUCAGGUCUCUGAGGCCACGGAGCUCAUUCAAAGCAUUCUUGCACGAUGCGAUACCAUUGCCAUGCCAAAGAAAAGAGAUUGGACCAAGACGACAGCCUAUUCUGUUGGGAAGGAGGAGCUUGCAGAUCAGCUAGAGUUAGAAGAUGCCUUGAUCCAGGCAUACCGCAGGGCCCCUGAUCCCAGCUCGCCGUUCUUUGAGAAGUUACUGUUCUUGUGGCCUAGGAAAGGUCCCUCCAUUCAUAGUGCCUUGGGUACAGAAUUGGAAGCUCUUGACCCAAUUCGUAUCAAAUAUGAAUGUCACUUGUUUGUUCCUAAGGACUUGCCUGACCAUAUCUGCGCUCUCGGUUAUGCCCAGGGUAAAACAGGCCUCAUUGCCCAGCUGCUCAGAAACAAGUGGGCUGAGGUCAUGGCAAGCGACCUCGUCAAAUCCAAGUUAUACUUGGUUGAGCCUGUUGGGACUUGCCAGGGCGAAAUCACUGCGAGGAAAGAGGCUGGCUUUACCAGAACCCUGUUUCGCACAAUCCCGUUGGAAGAAUCCGAUAUAGAGCUUUGGGCGGGCCGAGCUGAGCUGAUCAAGUCCAAGAAUAAAGCUUAUCUUCUCAAAGUGGUUGAUAGAUGCUUGAAGGGCGUUAUUUAUGUCCGUGGACACCUUCGCAUGCGAGUCAAUCUUGGACUGUUCGUGCUCGAUCAUUACCGUCUCCCGGCGGAUGGGAAGCUGGCGUAUGGUUUUGAGGAAUUUCGGGAGAUGUUGUUUCACGAGAAGACAAGGGGCCGCUUGGUUCCCGGCCUUCUCCAGCCAUACGACCGGACAAUGGACUCAUUACGACAGCCGGAGCCGGCAUUCUCCGUGAACUUCGAGUUCGCUGGCCAGAAGAAUGCUCUGCUACGCUUGGAGGCCGAGUUCGCCAAAUGCGCCGGGGCGCGCGACUAUGCGAUAACUCAAUGCCGCUGGUUGAAACCACGCAAGGUCGGUCAAGUCAAAGACUCGCGUUCACCUUUACAGGUUGGAGUCAUCGACUUUGAGAGGUCCGACUGGCAGCUGGAGAUCGCAUCCUUGGAAUUCUAUGAAGCGACUGCGGUUGAAGCUGCUUUGCAAACUUUCUCGCACAUAAUAAAGUUCAAGAGCAACGAUACUAUGGGCGAUAUUUCGACGAAUCCCAUCCGCAAGGUCAUCUUCCAUGCCACGGCACCAGUCACUAGGUUCAUCGAAAAGACGUCCAUUCGAUACCGCCUGAAGGGGACGAGAUAUAUUUUGGAAAUAGCGCGUUACGACGAGUACACUCGCACCGCCACGGCCGGCCCAGCUAGUCUGAAUCUAGGAGCACCCUUCGGAGAUAAACCUCGCAUUUCUUGGGGAGCGUCGGUCUUUGACUUUGCCUGGGACAAUAUGCUGGGGCAGCAUGCCAAUAUGCCUUUGGGACAUUCAGCCAAUUACGAUCCGAGCCUUCAGACCUUCUUCCCGGCCUCGAGUGAGACCGAAGACAAGACUCAGGGAUUGUGGGAAUUCAUUGACCUUAUCAAACGCGUUGCAUCGCUUCUGGGUUCUGGGUCGCCGCGUAGCACCGUAGGCACUGGAACAGCCAAGGCCGAGAGUAUCAGUCGGUCGGCAAGUCCGGCCUCCAGCGGCAAUGCCAGGGGUCUGGACGCAGAUCUCGGUACUCUGUUCUGA